AUGGCCACUCCCCGCACCGCGAGCGUGUCGGUUCAGAAGAGUAGGGUGCGUGGCACCGGAUCGUUGUGUCCCGCCUGUGACGAAUGCCGCAUCCGCAAGGUGCGCUGCAAUAAGGAGUAUCCCAAGUGCUCGAGUUGUCGAGCCUCCAACCUGCCCUGCGAAUUCUCCAACAAGGGCAAGCGAGUCAACCAUACCAAGAAGCUAGUCAACGACGUGGAGCUCCUUGGCAGUCGGCUGGGCAAGAUCGAAGAGGCCCUCUUUCGCUGUCUGUCCGUGGUCGAGGCCGCCAACACCCCCCGAUAUGGCACACCCUCACAACCCCCAUCACGGGCCGAGUCCGCUGGACGAGAGGACCCAGAGGACUCUCGCCGAGGGUCGGUCGACUCGGAUGAUAGCUGGUCCGAUGGCUGCUCGGAUCCCUUGUCCCAAGCCGAACGGGAUUCGGGGAUCGAGAUGUCCGACUGUGGCAGUCCCUUGGCGUCGCUCUACUUCGAGGCGCAGGCAGUGGGUGACCAACUGAUGGCAUCCCUCGCGAUGGAGGAUGGUAUGGAAGCGUCGAGUCCACGCGGACAUGAGGCUCCAGGUUCGUUUGAUGAUUCUCUUCGGGCUCAUCUGACCGAUGCCGGGGAACUCUUUCAAGAGCUGGCCACGGGCCCGCCUCCGAUAUCAGAACCCAAGUAUGACGACCUCCCGCCAGCCCUUCCCCCUCGGACCCUGCUGGAAGGUUUCGUGGAUGCAUACUUUGUCGAGCUCAAUCCUUUCCUCCCCAUCUAUGACCGUCAGAGCGUGAUGGAGGCCAUCGACCAGCAGUAUAGCGGCCGCAGCGAGGCCCCGGAUCUAGCCUGGGUCUGCUCGUUCAACAGCAUCUUGCUGCACACCCUCGAGGCCAAAUCUAGCGCCGGGCGGCCCGGGGGGCAAACGGGCGACAGCACGCUGGAACGGGGGCUGGUGGUACAUCUGCUGCUGAAUGCGCGUCGCUGCUACAACAAUUUCGAGCGGCUGCUGCAACCGCGGGUGGCCAAUGUUCAAAGCCUGCUGAGCAUGGCUCUUGUGGCGCUCAAAUACUUUAGCUUCACCAUGUUCGAGACGGUGUUCGCGCAGGCGUGCCAGCUGGCCCGGACCAUCGGACUCCACCAGAUGGCCCCGGGCAUUCCGCAAGAGACCGAGCGGCGCCACCUGUUCUGGUCGUUGUUCAUCAUUGAUAAACAUGCAUCUCUGGUCGCCGGCAAGCCCGGCCUGCUGCCCUCGUAUGGCUGUGCCAUUCCAUUGCCCGGGUCGAAAUCCGGCUCCCUCACCGAGGACCAGUUCACGGCGCGGAUUUCCCUCGCGGCCAUCCUCGAGGAAAUGUAUCGUCGUCUGCACUCGGCCCGCGGCGCACGACGAGGCCGGGACCAGCUCAGCCGCCGGGCCAGCCAGAUGGCCCGGCGCGUGGAGGACUGGGCGGUGCAAUAUGAGCACGCUCUCUGCCCGACUGGCACGCCUGAAGCCUCUCAGGUGCUGGCCGCCACCGAGCUGCAGUAUGCGUUGUAUAUCUGCCGCGUGCUGGCGCAGCGGCGCAUCAGCUCAGCAGACAGUCGUGCCAAACGGCGCGAAUAUGCUCGGGCCGGCCUGCGGCUGCUCCAGGAACUGUGUGAUGGUGAUCAAGCCGGCGCGCGUCGUGCCGGAUACGCCAUGUUCGCCAGUGUCACCCUGAACUACUCGCUCAUCCUGUUCCUCGAGGUGUACAUGCAAGUGCUGCAGGAUUACCCCCGGGAGGAACCGUCGGACGUGGCGCUGCUCACAUCCUUUGCGGCCCGCGCGGAUGCCCUCGCAGCCCAGACCACCGCCACGUCAUACACGGCGCGUGUCCGCGAGGUCAGUGCCCGGUGCUGCCAGAUCGUCACCCGGCUGCACGCCCCUCCAGGGCCCGAGACCAAGGUGGACCCGGCCCUGACGGAUCCGUUCUGGGAUCUCAACCAGGCCAUCGCGGCCGAUGCCGGAUGGGACCCAACCGCUGCCGCGACGCCCCGGAUGUCCACCAGCCUGCCGGCCCAUCCAGACCCCUCGCUGUUCCUCAAUCCGGGUGCCUUGGGGCCGUCCUUUGCCCUGAGCACGGUCUUUGCGGACCCGGGGCCCGUCAUGUUUGACUCCCUGCUGGACUCGUUUGCCGGCCCGGACACGGCCCUAGGGUUGAUGCAGUGA